AUGUCUGUCUGGCUCGUCUUGCUAUCGGCUGUGUUUAUCGCAUGCCUCCUGCACUAUUGGAAGUCGCAUAGAAGCCGUUUGCCGUUGCCGCCGGGCCCGCGCCGACUACCAUUUGUCGGGAAUGUGUUCGACAUGCCGAAACAGUACUCCGGCGCAGACUUCCGUGCACUCACCGAUAAGUACGGGGACAUGGUGUACUUGGAAGUGUUCGGCAAACCCAUGCUCAUUCUCAGCACCCACGAUGUUGCCCUCGACCUCCUCGAGAAACGCUCGGCGCUAUACUCGGACAGGGUCCAGUCCAUCAUGAUAGACUUAGGCGGCUUCGACUGGGUCCUGACGGUGAUGUCGUACGGUCCUUGGUGGAGACGCAACCGAAGGGCCUUCCACCAGUUCUUCAACCCCCGCGCCGUCAUAGAGCUCCGAUCGAUGCAACGCACCCAAGUCAACCACUUCUUACACCGCCUUCUUGAUGAACCCGACGACUUCUCAGAGCAUAUUCGGCAUAUGUUCGCUGCAACGAUCAUGCGCGUCGCGUAUGGUAUCAAGAUCUCGGAGAAGAAUGACGAGUAUGUGAAGAUGGCAGAGGAGGGGAUUGCCGAGUUCAGCGACUUACUCGAGCCCGGUAAGUAUCUCGUCGAGCAGCUUCCCAUCCUGCGCUUCCUGCCGAAGUGGAUGCCUGGUGCGCAGUUCCGGCGAGACGCGGCGAAUGCGACGAUCUUGGUUCGCAAAGUGCGCGACGUCGCGUGGUCGCGUACCCUUGAGGCGAUGGUGCGUCAGUUUGUAUGCUCGGAAUGUUUGGCAUGUCGAGGAAAACCGGUCAUGCAGCGCGAAGGAACAGCCGUUCCCUCUAUGACUACAGCGAUGAUGGAGCGUAUCUCUAAGCUCGAGGGUCCUGACAAUGACGAGGAAGAAAAGAUAGCUCGGAACACCGCGGCAACGGCGUACGGCGGUGGCGCGGACACGACGCUCUCGCUCAUCCAGGCAUUCUUCCUCGUGCUGGCAUCGUUCCCCGAGGUGCAAGAAAAAGCUCGGACCGAGCUGGACGCAGUCGUCGGCCCGCACCGCCUGCCCGACUUCGACGACCGCGACGCGCUGCCAUAUGUCUGCGCGGUCAUCAAGGAGUGUACUCGCUGGCACGCUAUCGCCCCCCUUGGCAUCCCGCAUCGCCUCAUUCAGGACGACGAGUAUCGCGGGUACUUAAUCCCGAAGGGCACGCUAGUCCUCCCAAACCUAUGGUGCGUCACCUUACCACGGCGGUAUCCAGACCCCGAGGCGUUCAUUCCAGAGCGUUUUCUGAAGGACGGGAAGUUGAACCCUGACAUCAGCGACCCCUCUGAGUUCGCAUUUGGUUACGGGAGGAGGAUCUGUCCCGGCCGCCAUUUCGCGGAGGCCUCGCUGUUUUUGACCGUCUCUUCCGUACUGCACACACUCUCGGUCACACCGCCUCUCGAUGUUGCCGGAAAGCCUCAACGGCCAAAGAUCAAGAUGACCGCGGGUCUCGUAUCAUACCCAGAGCCUUUCAAAUGUGUUAUCAAGCCUCGCGCGCCCUGGGCUGAGGCACUGAUUCGUGCGAACGACCAAUUGGCGGCGUAG